ACCGCUAAUAGCUAUCGUCUGUCUUCCUCAUUCACGUUCAAAUAUUGCUCUAAAAUACAAAAUCUCUGUCUUUGAACCACGAUGGCCAUCGUCAAAGAUGGUUUAGACUCUGUCGUCGAAUGGGAAAUGACCGUGAACCAGCGAGGGUUUGUAGACAACUGUUUCGAAGAGGGACAACACGAAACUGGAAUUGCGUUGCUAGAUAGCCUGCGCAGUCCUACACUUAAACCCUUUCCACCUUACAUCCGCCAAUUGCUAUAUCUCGCGCUAUAUCCUCCCUUCACGCCCUCGCCAGAGACAGAAGAAUCCAAGCAUAACUUUGAUCUCGGCGUACCUUCAUCACCAAGCAAACUUGCUGCCAGACAGCACAGAUCCAUCCUCAGUCCCACUCCAGCCGUGUCCGAGGCUGCUCAAGACAUCUUGAUGGCAUUCGCGCAAACUAACUCUCCAGAGUCACUAUUCCGUGCACUCCCUAGUUACGUACUUUCAGACAUAGAAUCUGGAGCAAAUAAUAGUGUACACGCUGUUCUUGAUGAUGACGAAGAAGACGACGAUUCACCUCUUGCACGGCAAUCCACGCGAAUGAAGGAAGUCAAGAAUUGUUGGGAGAUCCUCAAAGAAGGUUUCAUACAGCCCAGGAUUGACGUUCCUGUCAGCCCUCGGGUGAGAAGUCGAAGUAGAAGACAUCAUGCGGACGAUGAUGAUGACGACGACUUCUCUACGACGCCGCCGGACCUUCAUGUUGUUGGACCUCAUGCGUGGCCUGUUCUGGAGUGGAUGAUUGUCGUUUUUGAGAAAGAUGAAUUCACGAGGGAACGUAAUCACCACUCUCGAUACUCCCCAUUAUUGCUAGCCCGAAUACCUCCCUCGAGGACCACUGGUGGAGGUCGAUGGGAAGUUGCAACUCCUCUUGAUAUCGUCCUCCACUGCCUCCGACAAGAGGAAGAAGAACAUAGACUAUUGGGCGUCCGGUUAAUGACUUUGCUCAUUAACCUUACUAAUAGCGAAGAUCUCAAUAUCAAUAUGUUCCUGACAGCCGCAUCUAGCAGACUCUCUUCAUUCGACUCAGAACAGAUCUCAUUUCUGUUCACGCGGCUGCCCUGGAAGUCCCUGACUGUCAUGGAAUGCAAGCUUGUACUGUGCCGUGGUCUCCUCAUGGAUCCAACCUCUGGUGUGACCUCGAACUCAAGCACCAGACCAAAACCAACUUUCAGAGCUCAACCGCGAUCUCUUGCAUCACGUAGGAAAAGGUCGGAUUCCGUGGCAGAGAACGGUGCGACCGCAGCUGGUAACAACGCAUCGGAUCCCAAGGCUGUCUCAACCAGCACCAGGAAGUUUCCUCUCACGACGUCCUCUGAUAUCCUACGGCUACUGGCAAGCUCGCAUAUGGCCUCAUCUGAUUUGCUUCUAUCCCUUUGGAUCAAGGACGAGCUGGUCCGCAACUUCGUGAUCAUACAACUUUGGAGUGCAGAGAGUAAUAGAGACCCUGGCUGGACUCACGUGUUAGAGAGUGGGCAGUUGAUUCAGGCGGUACAGCAGUCGUUCGCAACACGUUCACGCAGUCAGGAGUUGACACAGCAAGUCGAAGAUUUGAAGGUAUCUCUCUUGAGUUUCGUUGAAACGGCCGCAUACCAACAAGCGAAUAAAUUCGUCCAUGAAUAAUGCCUAUUAUGAAAGGACUGUUUCACAUACCAAGCUUUCACAAGUGCAGAUGGGCUCCUGUCACGACCUUUUCGAGUCCAUCUCGACCUUGUUGCUCAUCUUGUGAUAUUCCCCAUGGACCACCAUAUACUACAGCUUACUAGUACGUAUCACAUGUACAUCUAUAACCUAAAUGGAUUGCAAGUAAUCGUCACCGCCUUGCACCAUAAUGCGUCCGGCGACUUGUAAGCUUGCCGUGUCUUGCGCUGGAGUCGCACUCUGAUAUAGUUCCAGAGGGACAUAACCAAUAUAAUGUCUAUCUCCAAAACCCCCAACAAAAUAGAUCGUCUACGAGGCCGACGUUGGGUGAGUUUGCUGUGCCAAUAUCAAUAAAUUACAACGUACAUGGGGAUCGAAUCGCGCCCAAUACGCCUGUAAAACAUGCUCAGCUUGACAAAGGGAAGACUAGAAAGCAACUGACUACAUGGGGCUCUCUUGGGCCAGGCAACCACCAUUUGGCAUCGGGAUGUUUGGCAAUAUAACAGGAUUCGAUUUC